AUUAUUAUGACAUCCACUCCGAAAUAUUCGAUAAUUCUGCCAACCUACAACGAAAAAGAAAAUUUGCCGAUUUGCAUUUGGUUAAUUGAAAAUUAUCUGAAAGAAGUUUCACAUGAAGUGAUUAUCGUUGACGAUGCAUCACCAGACGGUACUCAAGGCAUUGCAAAACUUCUUCAAAAGGAGUACGGAGACGAUAAGAUUCUGAUCAAGCCACGAGUUGGAAAACUUGGACUUGGUACAGCCUAUUCACAUGGAUUAUCGUUUGCACGUGGAGAAUUUAUCAUUCUUAUGGACGCAGAUCUUUCUCAUCAUCCAAAAUUCAUUCCGGAAAUGAUUGCGCUUCAACAUAAGUAUAAGCUCGACAUCGUGACAGGAACACGCUACAAGGACGGAGGUGGUGUUAGUGGAUGGGAUUUGAAGAGGAAGACGAUCAGCAAGGGAGCCAAUUUUUUGGCUCAGUUUCUGCUGAAUCCAGGUGUAUCUGAUUUAACAGGAUCAUUUCGUCUUUAUAAGAGAGAUAUUCUGUCGAAGUUGAUUGCUGAAAGUGUAAGCAAAGGAUACGUUUUUCAGAUGGAAAUGAUGUUUCGAGCGAAAAAAUCGGGUUAUCGUAUUGGGGAGGUACCAAUCUCAUUCGUCGAUCGAUUCUUUGGAGAAUCAAAGCUCGGAAGUCAGGAAAUCGUGGAUUACGCAAAAGGACUUCUCUAUCUGUUUGCAUUUGUUUGGUAGAUUCUGUGAUAUAAUUUGUAUUCAUUUUACUAUUUUUAAUUUAAAUUUUAAGAAUUAAAAUUUCUGAGAGUUUUAUAGCCAGAGCGCUUCAUUGUACGUUUUCCAAAUUUUUUUAUUAUGACCUUGGGGAUUCCUAUUUAUAUUGUUUCCAAACAUUCUUGUUUAAAUUAUAUUUUUUCUUCGAAUAAAUCGUUAUAAUAUUU